GCAGGUGGGCAUGUUCUUUCACAGUUUUUCAUUAGCAUUUAGUACAAUUUUAAUGAUCAUAUUGCCUUCAGACUAUAUUGGCAUGGGACUCGGCAUUCACAAGUCGAGCAAUAGCAGUAAGAUUCCUUUAACGAUUCGGUGCGAUUCUGGAGAACUCCAACAAGUUUCUUUUCUCUAGUCGGUACCGCCAUCUUGGACAUUGUGGUUGGCCUAAUACAGGGUCAAACAGAGGCAUUAUGGCAUUGUAUCUCAUUUGGCCUGUGUGGGAUUUUGUCUAGUCGUGACAUUUUUACUUAUUCAAUUGUUCUUUAUGCGCAGACACCAUAAAGUAUCGCGCGGCAAGCGACAGAACGUAUGAAGAAAAGAAACGACAGAACGUAUGAAGAAAAGAAACGACAAAA